UGCACAUGUGCUGCGAAGAGAAGAAACAUGGCGGACGUACAAACCUUAAGAGGGAAGAAGUUAACUGAGCUUAGAGUCGUUGAUUUAAGACAAGAGCUUGAAAAUCGAGGUUUAGAGAAAAGCGGAGUAAAGGCUGUUUUAGUGGAGCGUCUCCAAAAGGCUUUAGAAGCUCAAGCAGCCGAAGAAAAAGACUCGAUAGAAGUAAAAGAUGAGGCUAAUGAUGAAGUUAAUGAAGAGCCUGAAGAUGUCAACCAGGAAGAAUCGGCUGAAACUUUCACAGAAGUGAUUACUAAAAGCGAAACCAAAAGCGAACCAGGGGAGCCAGACACCGCUGUCGUCCCUACACCACCGAAGCGUUCGUCUGUAAAACCCUCGAAAAAAACACAGAAAAAGAAGGCAACAUCUGAAAAAGAAACACCAGUAAAAAAAGUAGAUCAGAAAGAUAAUGGUGAAGAUGAUUUGCUCCAAGAAAGUUUUGAUGGUGAAGGAGUUAUAAUGAAAAUAAUAGAUGAAUGUCAAGAUGACCAGGGUGACCAUCCUGAAGGAAUGGAAGUCAAUGAUUCUACUGAUGUUGACGAGUUAUUCAAGGAUGAGUCUUUGAAUCCCAAGACUGAGGAAGGAGAAGAAAGGAAAGAUGAACUUGGACUCAGUUUAGGUGAUAGUGAUUUAAACAUGGAGACUGGCAAUGAAGUUGGAGAUGACAAAAACAAAGAUGCAGCUGCCGUUGGUUCUGAGGAGGUACCCAGCUACAAAGAUGCCAUCAGCCUGGGCAACAAUAGUGCCAACUCCAUCAAGGGAGACACAUCAACCAUGGAUGUUUCUGAGGCAGACUCGUCCAAAAAUGAAAAUGGUUGGUCAGUGUCAUUGAUUGUCCAUACAGACGGCAUCCAAGAUGAUCUUGAUGAGGAAUUGAAGGCUGCAGAGAAGGCAGAGGAGGAAGCUGCCAAAGAAAAAAAAGAAGAGCAAAAACAAGAAAAACUGAAAGAAAAAGAGGAAAAGAGUAAAGAGGAUAAAUCCAAGGAAACUGACAAGAAAGAGGAGAAAAAAGAAAAGACAUCAGAAAAAUCUGAAAAAGCUUCUAAGAGUGAAGGAAAAUCAAGCACUGACAGCAAGGAUACAUCCAAGUCUAGUGCAAAGAAAACUCCAGAUAAAAAACCUAGCACUGCUAAAAAAUCCACCACAGCCAAGGGUGCAGCUGCAGCCAAAGAGAAGAAAGAAAGUGGUAAAAGUCUAUGGGUUAGCAACCUGUCAUCUAUUACACGUGCCGCUGACCUCAAGACAAGAUUCAGUCAGCACGGCAAAGUUGUUGGUGCAAAGAUAGUAACAAAUUCAAAAGCCCCAGGAGCACAGUGCUUUGGCCUUGUUACCAUGUCAACCAGUGAAGAGGCAGCCAAAUGUAUAUCUCAUCUCCAUAGGACAGAACUACAUGGAAGGACGAUAACCGUUGACAGGGCAAAGGGGGAUCGUAUCCCUUCACAGGGAGGAGCAAGUGCAACAAAGAAACAGCCAGACAAGAAACAGGCUGAUAAGAAAGCAGCAGACAAAUCACAAGAGAAGGGAAAGGUUGAUGAGAAGAAACAAACAGACAAAGGUAAAAAAACAAACGAAAAGACCACCAAACCCUCUGGUAAACAGUCUUCAGGAAGCUCACCAUCCGCCAGCAAAAAGGACGAUACCACUCAAGGCGAUGCGAAGAAGACCGAAGACGCGAGCGAGCGGACGGUGGUGAUGGACGAUAACAAGGGCGAACCCGUAGUGGUAGUGCCGAACAAACAAAAGGAAGACGGCAAGUCGAGGUCAGAGUCCCGUGGUCGAAAGAGCAAGAGUUCGGAAAAAAGUGCCGGCUCGCCCAUCAAGUCUUUGGAGGAGAUCCGACGUCAGAGGGUGGAGAAGCAGCGACAAGAUCGUGCUCGUGAAAUGAGAGAUCAACGUGAACGUGAAAGAGCGCUGAGGCUUCGACGCGAGAGAGAACGUAUCGCCCGUGAACGAGCAAUCGAGAGGGAACGAGAACGGGAACGCGAGAAAGAACGAGAAAGAAGAAGACAACAAUUUUUGCGUGAACAAAGACAGAAGCAGGAACAAGAGAGACUGCGAUUGCAACGUGAACUUGAACGACGUCGUGAACUGGAACGACUUCGUCGUGAGCGUGAAGAACGCGAACGUCUCGAGCGUGAACGCCGAGAACGUGAACUAAUAAUGGAACGUGAAAGGCUAAAUCGUGAACGAAUCGAGACCGAUAGACUGAAGCGUAUUGAACGCGAACGUUUAGAACGACAGAGAUUGGAACGUGAACGAGCUGAUCGUGAGCGCUUAGAUCGUGAACGACUAGAGAGACUGGAUCGCGAACGUCGUGGGUCAGGUAUCAAGCGUCCGGCAGCGCCUUUUGAAAGAGACACUUCUGCCUCUCAAAGAGCUGGAUUUUGGCAAGAUCCUAAACGUGCUGCUGUUGAAGGAAGCAGACCAGAUACUCGCGCGUUUUUUGGCGGUAGUCUUGGGUCACAUGAUGCAGUUUCCUCGAGGCGGUCAGAGGACAAGGUACAGAUAGAUCGGCGUGAUAGUAAAGGCCAUCGUGAUGAUGCUCGAGGGCACUCAAGAUCUGGCAGCAGAGAUGGCCGACAUGAUGAUGACUUCAGCCGCAGUGACGACAGGCGCAGAAAAGAUGAUCACAGUCGACGAGGUGAAGUGCGUGACUCCCGUAAAGAUGUUCGUCACCCGAGCGAUCGUGACAAAGGUUGGUCUGAGAGAAUAGCAAGUGCUAACGCUGGGAAUAUGGGUCCCAUUGAUCCACAGAAAAGCUUAUCAAUACUCCUAGAACGGGCUGGUGUCAGUGGAAUACUGGGGGCGAAUGCCCCUGGAGUCAGAGGGGAUCUUGGUAAAGGCAUGGAUCUCGAUAUCGGACGAUCUCUGUCAGCUGAUCACCGUGGCGGUGAUUGGCGUCAGGCAGAUCUGCGAGAUGGCAGACCAUCUGUCAUGUCAGCAGACCGAGGACAACACGUGCCUGUUGUUGGUGGAGUUGAUUCUCGUUAUGGUGCCAUUGAGCAUGCGCAUCGCCCUUCAGCUGCAGCUGCUGACCAAGUCAAAGUGACCUCACGCGAUUGGCGUGGUGAACCCAGUGCGGAAUUACUUGCGAGCAGAACUCGGUCAAGAGCCCGUGGAAUGGACUCAAAGUCUACCCCUCAUGGCUACGAGAUACGCGACCGUGCUGUCUUGUCACGUGACUCUAGUGCUGUUCGCGGGGCCUGGGGAGGAGAUUCCCUCCACCCUUCGGGACCUCCGCUUCCAGGUCGAGGGAUGAUAGACGACAGAUCACGUGGUUCUGCCCUCCCAAGAGAAGCUGUCCCCUCUGGGUGGGCUGUUGCAGGCUCGAUGCCUGUUGCUGACGUGCGUGGUACCUACGGUGCUGGUGCGGGUCCUGAUAGAAGACACUCUGGAGGAGGCACUGAUGUCCGCUUCGACCCAUACAAAGCUGCAGCUCAGAGGAGCAGUGGAAUGAGGAGAUAUUAAACAAAUAGACUUGUUUUGAACGGUUUGUUAAAAGACUGGAUGAUGCAGAUCAUUGCAAGAUUGUCAACAUGACUCUCAUAGUUGCUGAUCAACUGUAAAAUCAACCAAAUAUCAAACGCCUUAGAUGUGAACUUUAAGAACAUUUUUAAGAACUUAGCAAUUUAACUUUGGUUUCUUUUCCCUUUUAAAUCCAUUUUAAUUAGAGUCACGCGUUGCUUAUUUUUCUCGUUUGUAGGGUAAUUCUAACCUAUUAAUUGAAUAAAGAUUAGAGCGUGUUAGCUUCCUUGUAGACGCCAAUGUAGACGCCGUCUACCUUAAUGCUGGAAUUAAAGAGUCAGUCGUCAGAUAAUGUCAUGACUUUAUGGCGCUGGAACCACUUCAGGAAUUCUUGAAAAUGCGCGCAAGUUCUGAUUCAAUAUCCUUAGCAUAUAGUACCUUAGUUCUGCAACCACGGAGUCUCAGCAGUCGAGCACAAUUCUGAAAAGAAAAUCUCGCUUCAUGAAAGCGGUUCCAAAAUGAUUGCCUUACAGCGCGCAAACUCUGUUUCUUCGUUGCUAAAAUUGCUAAAAAAUACUGGCGGCCUCGGAAAGUAACGCUUGGAAGCACGGUACUUCUACAUUGGCCACAGAAUUCUCCCGACAUUACUGUAUUCAGAAUGUCUUGGCGUACUUAAUAAACGCCAAUGGACAUCCAUUGUCACCAAUGUGGCCUGAGAUGUAUAUCACUGGAUGUUCAGACCGCCACAGCAAGAGUGUUCUGCAUGAUACUAAUGAAUUUAUCACUACUAAAUAAACUUAAAGUUCGAAGCGCUGCCAAUCAUUCAUCGUCGAAGAAGAUUACCUGUGCGUGGAGCUCACCAACGAAAUAAUGUUUGUAUUGAAAAUUAUCGCGCAAUGUGGUAUAUAAUCUCUUCAUUUCUGUGUAAUGUCUUUAGAUCCCAAAAAAAGAACCUUGAUAUUUGUUAAUACUUGAAGCGAGUUCUUGGAUUUCUGCCUUUCUUUUUUGUUGAACCUUUUAUCCUAGCCUUGGGUUAUCGGCACCGCCAGAACCCCACCCCACUCCCUUUCCACUGGUGCGCACUUGAAAAUUGGCCUGUAAUGGGUUAAGGUUCCAUAAAAUUUGGUUCGCAAAUGUUCAUUUAUUCUUUGGGUACACGUUACGUUAUAACCGCCAUCUUGGUUGACGAUAACAAAGCACUCUUGUUAGAUCAACCAACAUGGCGGCCGUUUCAUUAUUCAUUUCUCGAGGGAUUUUGGGCCAUAUGGUUGCACCUCAAGAAUAUAGAUGUUUGUUUUGGAUAAGUUUACUCUCGACUCUAUGUACGUUGUACUAAUUUUGUGUCUACUAAUCAAUCAGUCUGUUCGCAGGAAAAGUAUUGUGCUCUCAGUCAAAGGUAUGUUCCAAGGAAAUCACUUUACAACCAAAAUGUUGGUGUACGAAGUUUUAUCAUGUUUGGUCAAACAAUAAAAUGUUCUUGUUUAA